AAUAUGACGUGUAAAAACUGGAUAUUAAUUUCCACUACUACCCCCACAAGUCUAGAAGAUGAAAUUGUGGGACGACUUCUAAAAAUUUUAUUGGUUAUCUUUGUUGACUUAAUGUCUAUUAUAUAUGCUGUUGUAACUUCUUAGAAAGCUAACCUUUCUUACUUUACAAGUAAAUUUCAUAUUGAAUUCCUGUAAAUAAAAAUUAGUAG